GCUGUGAUUUGUCGGACGCGGAGUGAUGUCAUUCACGCACAGAUAUGUGGGUUACAAGCCUAGAAAUGUCCAUAUGGGGUUUUGAGAUGCGUGCUGGUAAGAGAAGGGAAGAUUAAUAUCUGUGAAGCAGGUACAGGAGAGAGAGCGUCACUUCACCUCCUGCACAAUGAAGCGCUCGGAGUUCCACAAAGCUGCAGUUGCGGCUCUCCUCACUUUCUGUACACACGUAAAAUCCAUCCCUUUAGAGUGUGAUCCAGAGUACCUGUGGUUUCAGGAGGAGACGAAUUGCAACAACAUCAUCCACCAAGACAACUUUACACACACUAACUCUACAGGCUGCAGUGGAUUAUGGGAUGAUGUGAACUGUUGGCCUCAUGCAGAGGUUGGAGAUGUGAUCUCUAAACAGUGCCCCAUGUUCCUCAGGGUCAAAGGAACUGUAAGGAGAAAUUGUACAGAGAAUGGGUGGUCUGAUCCAGUCCCACCAUACAUGCUGGCCUGCGGAUCCAUGAAUGGCAUAGUACACCCUCCCUCAAACAUGAUGCUGGCAUCACAUGAGUACUUCAUGUGGGUAAAGAUCAUGUACACAGUGGGGUACAGCAUCUCAGUGAUCUCCCUCACCAUUGCUUUCAUGCUGCUGUGUGUGUUCAGAAAGCUCCACUGCACUCGGAAUUUCAUCCACAUGCAGCUCUUUCUGUCCUUCAUUUUGCGGGCUGUUUUCAUUUUCAUCAGAGAUGCAGCAUUACACAACUCACAGGAUUAUUACCACUGUGAAUCCCACCCGCUUGGCUGUAAGGUCGCACUGAUUUUCUCUAACUAUGGCAUACUGGCUAAUUAUAGCUGGCUGCUGGUGGAGGGUCAUUACUUGCACAGCCUCAUCCACCUGUGCCUACAUUCACCAAGAAAACGCCUGCACUGGUACAUCAGCUUUGGCUGGGGCACUCCUAUGCUCAUCAUCAUCGUGUGGAGUGUCGCCAAAUAUCUGCAGGAGGACGAGGGGUGUUGGGAGACAAGAAGCAGAGGCUGGAUCUGGUGGAUUCUGAGAGUUCCUGUGAUCCUGUUCAUUACAGUGAACCUCCUGUUUUUCCUGAGAAUCAUACAAACAAUAAUAAGCAAGAUGAGAGCUCCUGACAUGAUUGGAAAUGAGUUUAAACAGCACAAGAAGCUGGCCAAGUCCACACUGCUGCUAGUGUCACUGUUUGGUGUGCAGUAUGCCCUCUUCACAUUUUUCCCUGAUGGAAUCAACAUCCUCACCUUCCAGAUUUGGAACACCAUCGAGCUCGCCCUGGCCUCCACACAGGGCUUCGUAGUAGCACUUCUAUACUGCUUCCUGAAUGGAGAGGUUCAGCAUGAGAUUACGCGGCGCUGGCGACGGUGGCGUCUAAAGCAGCGUGUCCAUGGUGACACCAGGUUGCACCAUGGUUCCCUUAGCCAAAGUGGCAUACCACUCACACAGAUCUCUCUCUUAGCCAGAGUUAAUAACAUAUCCUAA